AUGAAGAUUUUUAUUGCAACCACUACAAAUGAGAAAAGCUUGCCCUCAGCAAACUUGAGUGUUUAUAACCUCACUGUUGUGGAAGGAAGGAGCACUACACUGUACUGCGAAGCUACUGGGGUGCCAUCUCCCAAUGUAUCCUGGGUUGUCCCUAAUCUUGUUUCAAAACAUGAGAGUAAUACAAGUAAGAAUCCUGCUUCCCUAACCAUAAGGAAUGUUUCAUCUAAGGACAGUGGAAUACGGAUUUCAUGUAUAGCAGAAAAUAUUGUGGGAGAAGACCAAGCGUCUGCUGACCUUGUGGUGUUCUUUGCACCAAAUAUCACAUUUAUUGAACCUCCAACCCCGGACCACCACUGGUGUAUUCCAUUCACUGUGAAAGGGAACCCCAAGCCCUCAUUGCAGUGGUUCUAUGAAGGGGCUAUACUGAAUGAGUCUGAAUACAUCUGUACUAAAAUACAUGUUAGCAAUCAAAGUGAAUACCAUGGCUGCCUUCAGUUGGACAACCCUACCCAUUUGAACAAUGGUGCUUAUACCUUACUGGCGAAGAACGAGUAUGGAGAAGAUGAAAAAAGGGUUGAUGCUCAUUUCAUGUCAAUGCCUGGAGAUGGUAGUGGCCCAAUCCUGGAUCCUGAACUUUAUGAUUAUGAAACCACGCCUAAUGAUAUUGGAGACACCACGAAUAACAGUAAUCAAAUCACUUCUACGGAUGUUUCCAACAAAGAGAAUGAAGAUAGCAUCACUGUGUAUGUUGUGGUGGGGAUUGCAGCAUUAGUGUGCACUGGCCUAGUGAUAAUGCUCAUUAUUCUGAAGUUUGGAAGACACUCCAAGUUUGGGAUGAAAGGCAAAGGUUCAAAUAAGAUUUUAUCUGAACUUACUAGACCCUUCCUGAUCUCAGACAAACAAAUUGACAUGUAUUUUCCACCGUUAGCGAUCGAUAUGACUGGGACAGCCUUGGCAUUUGACUAA